AUGUUAUUGACAACAGAUCGGUGUUUUGGAAGUGUUGGACAUGAAUCUGUUCAGCUAGAGUGGAUCAUGGUGGAUGUUCCCUUACUAACUCAUAUAUCUGAAACUACAGACUGCAGCUCAUCUUCCUGCCAGGCAUCAUCUGCUUCAGACGAUUCUGUUCCUGAAGGCUAUUUAAUCUUGACAUUCGAUAAAAAGAAGAAAGCUGUUUUAAAAACCGCUGUGUUUGCAGAUGUUUCGGAUCCUAGAUUUGCAGAUGAUUAUGAAGAUGAUGAUGAAGAUGAAAGUAAUGAUAACUGUUGGCCACUUCAUGAGUCCAAGUUAGCUGUUCACCAGCAGGAAAAUGAUGGCGUACUUGAAAAUGAAGUUACUGACGCCAAAGGUUUUUUGUCGAAACCUCUUGUUAUUUCUACGGAUGCAGCUGACAAAACUUCCUCUUCAUCUUAUACUUCAUGUUACGGCGAAGCCUUUUGGGUUGGUGAAGAUGAGCUAAACGUAAAACAAAAUACUACAAGUUCUUGGGAUCUAUCGCCUGGUAACAAAGUAUCUCAAAGUUUAAUACGUACUAGUCCUUUGACGUGUGAUACUCAUUCAGUAACUCCGACUUCAACUUUACAGUCAUCUACUGAAAGCUGGUCUUUGAGCACACCUCAGUCAACAAUAACUCGACUAACCGGCACUUUCCCUUAUCGCAAAGCUACAUAUCCCAUUAAUCAUCUUGCCAGAAAAUACAACCAUAACACGUUUUCAUCUCACUUCCAGCCUAAAUGGCCUAGAGCAUUUAAUGUCCAUUUAGGUGAUCAUUCCAAAAAGAUGCUCAGGUGUGACCAAUGUGGCAAAUAUUACCGUAAUGAUUAUAGCCUACAUCAUCAUAUUUGCUUAAAGCGCAAAGAUGUGUGGAAGAAAGGUGAUGUGCCUUCUGAAAUGAUUGAUGGUCAAGUUAUGUAUUUUUGUCCCAGUUGCCGUAAACCUUUUAAAUGGCUUGGUAACCUUACACGACAUUUCUAUGUGCAUACAGGUCAAAGAUUCUUUCGGUGUGAUAUUUGUUCUAAAGAAUUUUUCUCUGCUUACCAAGUUAAAAGACAUAUGAAUUCACAUACAGGUGUCCGUUUCAAAUGUGAAGUAUGUGACAAACCUUUUACAUGUAAAUACGCCUGUGCUUGGCAUACUAGACAACAUUAUGCUUAUUCAUUAAAAUAAUAAAUUUUAAGAAUUUCUCUCUGAUUCUUCCAAAUGGAUUUUUAGCAACGAAUAUAUAC